AUGUCAGAGGACAAUCCCUAUAGCAUUCUUGGGAUUAGAGAAGAUGCCUCAGAAGAGGAAGUUAGGAGGGCAUUUCGCCGGCGGGCCAAAGAAACACAUCCGGACUCAAGUCGAAGUGAUACUGCCCGAGGGUUUAUUGCUGUUGAGCGAGCCUAUCGGUCUAUUCUAUCGCGCCAGGAAGAACCAGAGCGGGGCCCUCCCUAUCUAGUUGUUUCAUUGGCUGAGCUAUCCCGAGGUGUUGUUUGUCGCUGCGGCGAGACCUAUAGGGCCAGCCACCCUCACCAGCGGCUAAUUGACUGCUUUAGCUGUUCUCACUACAUCAUUGUUGAGCGGGAUUUGCCAUAA